AUGGUAAAGGAUAGGAGGAAAACAAAAGCGAAGGCACCUCUUCCCCCUGCCGAGAUGAAGGGCGUGGAUGUCUCUUCGGCUGAGGACCCUGUAGAAUCUAUCCCUGUCUCCACAGAGCAACAUGACAAUAUGAUAGAUAAAGACAUCGAACUCUCGGUGGUCCUGCCUGGAGAUGUUCUCAAAUCUACUACUGUUCAUGGCAGUAAGCCCAUGAUGGACUUGCUGGUGUUCCUCUGUGCACAGUAUCACUUAAACCCAUCAAGUCACACGAUCGACUUGCUGUCUGCUGAAGAGAAUCUCAUCAAAUUUAAGCCAAACACACCAAUAGGAAUGCUGGAGGUAGAAAAGGUCAUUUUAAAGCCGAAAUCUCUGGAUAAGAAAAAACCUACACCUAUAAUCCCAGAGAAAACUGUGAGAGUAGUGAUCAACUUUAAGAAGACACAGAAGACCAUAGUGAGAGUUAGUCCCCACGCACCGCUUCAAGACCUUGCUCCCAUUAUAUGCAGUAAAUGUGAGUUUGAUCCGUCGCAAACAGUGUUGUUGAAGGAUUACCAGGCUCAGGAGCCCCUCGACCUGACAAAGUCUCUUAAUGACCUGGGACUAAGAGAGUUAUAUGCCAUGGAUAUCAGCAGAGCCCCCUCUGUUACUGCCUUCAGUAAGUCAUCUUUCCAAGAGUCCUGCCAAAUAUCACACAACCCGGACAUUGUGAAGGAGAAAGAAAACAAAGGGAUUUUCAGCUUUUUCCAACGCAGUAAGAAAAAGCGAGAGCAAACUGCCAGCGCUCCUGCGACCCCAUUAGUUAGCAAGCACCGUCCGUCUUUUACGAGGUCCAACACCAUUUCCAAACCCUACAUUUCCAACACUCUGCCCUCCGACGCACCCAAGAAGAGGCGUGCCCCGCUGCCACCCAUGCCCACAUCCCAGGGUGCUGCUCAAGGCCAGGAGAGGCGUGCUUCUUGUGUGGAGAGAUCCACCAGUGUGGACGACACAGAUAAGAGUUCCUCUGAAGGAUUCAUGGUGAGGACAGGAUCACUGCAACUCAGUGGCAGUACAUCAGUAGGAACUUCAUCUCUUAAGAGAACGAAGCGAAAAGCACCUGCCCCACCUUCGAAACCCUCCCUGACUGAGACCGAUGAAGGGAGCUCUGCGGCUGCUCAUGGCCUACCUUUGGAGGAUGGGAUUGUUCCAGACAGCAUUUCGGAAGUGAGCUCUCCUGAGGGUAUGUCCAGCCCAGAAGCUUUCGGCCCUGGGUUCCUAAGCCAGGAAGAGUGCGCUGUGCCCAAGCCAAUGGAUGAAAUCUCUGAGGGCCCUGGAACUCCACAGGCAGCUGUAGCUUCCAUGACCUCUGGCGUAAGCUCGGAUUACAGUCUUGAAGAGAUAGAUGAAAAGGAAGAACUGAUGGAGGCGUCUAGAGAUCAGGCUGGAAGUGUGAAGUCGCCUACCAUUGCUUCAGCAUCUACGGAUAUGAUAAUUACAGUGGAGAAUGAUCCUGAUUCAGCCCUCGGCAUCAGUGACGGAGAGACCUCGCCAGGCUCCAAGGGAAACACUCAAGAAGGCAGAAACCCAGAGGGGCAAGGGCCACAUCAUCCUGUUGAGUGCCUUAUAGGCAAUGAGAACAAUGUAUCUGACAGUAUAAAAGACUUGAAGACAUUGAGCCCAAACCAAGAGAGUGUAAUUCAAAAUGAAGUCGUGGUCUGUGCCACAAGCACAGAUUACGUGAAAAACAGACCAAGGGAAAUGGAAGCCACCAUGGAAGGAGAGGCACAGAAGAAAGUCGGGGACCUGGAAGCUGGAAGAUUGUCAGGCUCUCCUGAAGGUAGAAUGGAUGAUGUUCAAAGUUCAAGGGAAAAUCAUCUAACAGCAUCACCAGGACCAGAUCAAAAAUCGAAUCAACCACGUGUAGAGAAGACAAAAAUGCAGGAUGCAGCAAUUCAGGCCACCCCUGCCUGCAGCACUUUUGAUGGGAAUCACGAAGCCCAUAAUUCACCUGACCUCAGGGUUGAUGAGACUGUGCAGACUUUGGGUAGCAGCCCAUCAACUCAGCACUCUGCAAGCUUCCAAGAUUCUGUAAAUGCCUCAAGAGAAGUCAGGAGUCAGGGCACCUCAACCUAUGUACAAGAUAGACUCCCUGUGAAAGAGGCAGCUUGUACUUACGGGAACAAUGACGCUUUAUCUCCCAUAGAUGGAAGUGAUAAGAAUCCGGCUGCUUCUUCCCUAAAGAACUUUCCACUUUAUAGGCAAGACAACCACCCCAAGCCAAAACCUUCAAAUGAAAUUACGAGAGAGUACAUACCUAAAAUUGGAAUGACUACUUAUAAAAUAGUGCCUCCGAAAUCCCUGGAAGUGGUGAAAGACUGGGACUCAGAAGCAGUGGGGAAGAAAGAUGACCAAAAGAUGCUUGCUAUAGCACAGAAGCAUGCGAUUGAGACUGUGACAGAGACUGCCAUGCAAAGAGAAGCCCUUGUCACUUCUAAAAACUCACAGCAGCCUCAGCCUGACCGUACACCAAAGCCCAGCUCAGGAACACAGCAUCCUUUGCACAGGACUGUGAGCUCACCAGUUGGUACCGAGAUGAACCCUCCCAAGCCUCCCAGGAUGACUACGGACACUGGCACCAUUCCUUUUGCACCGAAUUUGGAAGAUAUUAACAAUAUUUUGGAGUCAAAAUUCAGAUCCCGAGCUUCGAAUCCCCAGGCCAAACCAAGUUCAUUCUUUUUGCAGAUGCAAAAGAGAGCCUCAGGCCACUAUGUGACAUCUGCAGCUGCUAAGAGCGUCCACACUGCCCCUGGGCCUACCCCUAAAGAACCAACAAUCAAGGAGGUGCAGAGGGACCCACAGCUUCCUCCAGAGCAGUGUCUUUCUCCCUUGAGUGAAAGGACUCACUCUGCUCCUCUGCCCAGUAUUUCAAAAGCUGAUGAUAAUAGAAUUCAGAAGCCUGCUGAGACUUCUCCUCCUCCUGUAGCUCCCAAGCCUAUGGCUUUAUCUGCUGAGACUUCUCCUCCUCCUGUAGCUCCCAAGCCUAUGGCUUUUCUUACAGAGGCAUCUCCUUCUCCUGUAUCUCCCAAGCCUAUGGCUUUUCCUGCCGAGGCCUCUCUGCCUCCUGUAGCUCCCAAGCCUAUGACUCUUCCUACAGAGGCCUCUCCUCCUCCUGUAGCUCCCAAGCCUAUGGCUUUUCCUGCUGAGGCCUCUCCUCCUCCUGUAGCUCCCAAGCCUAUGGCUUUUCCUACAGAGGCCUCUCCUUCUCCUGUAGCUCCCAAGCCUAUGGCUUUUCCUGCUGAGGCCUCUCCUCCUCCUGUAUCUCCCAAGCCAUUGGCUCUUCCUGGUAGUCAGGGAGCUUCACUAAACCUGAAGACCUUGAAAACAUUUGGGGCCCCGAGACCGUACAACAGUUCUGCCCCCUCACCGUUUGCCCUUGCUGUGGUGAAAAGGUCACAGUCGUUCAGCAAGGCAUCUCCAGAGUCACCCAGCGAGGACUCCUCUGCCCAGCCUCUGGCUGCCAUACAGGAUGGAAAGACACAAACAGUAAAUCAGCCUACGGUGGGCUCCCAACAUGAUGGUGUUGAUAAGCAAAAUAAACCUAUUCAGAAUGAGCACAGUUCUCAGAGGCUGCCUCCCGCUGAUGGCCCGUCGUCGUUCACCCUUCAGAGACAGAGUUCUCUGACCUUCCAGAGCUCUGACCCAGAGCACGUCCGGCAGAGCUUGCUCACCGCAAUCCGGUCUGGAGAGGCUGCUGCCAAGUUGAAGAGAGUUACUGUUCCGUCAAAUAGAAUAUCUGUGAAUGGAAAGUCGGGGCUCAGCCAGUCCAUGUCCAUUGAUGCCCAGGACAGUCGCUGACAUCACCCUGCUGUGACACACUUCACCAACCAGCUUUCUGCCUACAAAAAAUACUGACGAAUAUAUAUUCAGAUGUACAUUAAUAUAUAAAUCCGUUCAAGAAUAAACAUUUGUAUUAUGGAUUUAAUGCCAAAAGAAAAAAAUGAGAAUUUAUAAUUUAUAAUACUUUUUGGCCUUUUUGUUAUAGCUAAAUACUGCUGCUUUAGAAAUGUUAAACAAGGUGUAAAUGACUUGUUUUUCCAAUGAUGAGUAAUCACUGCUUAUGUUUUUUUUUUUUUUCUUACGGACACAGUGUGCACCAUGAAACAAAGGUGUAAAUUGAGAUUUAUAGAUAUAUUGUAUGACACAGAAACAGGCAAGCACAGACUAACAUUUACUGCCUAUAGCAUUAGGCUAUAAUUAGAAAAAGAAAUUAUAGUACGGCCUUUGUUGCUGAAAGAUGUGGAAGACUAGUAAAACAAAUAAAUAAUGUUCAGUUAUUUUUACUGAAGAGUCACUAUGAGACUUAUUUUAUGUCUUUUUGAAUUACAAGUGAGUGUGGGAUCUGUAGGAAACAGUUGAGUAUUUUUAAAUAGAACACUUUAACCUUUAGAAGUCAAAUUGCACAAGACAACUUUAAGAUAUUUUCUGUAUAUAAUUAUGAUGUUGUUACACAGAUAUUACAUAUUUUCUAAUGCCAGAGGCCUUAAAAUAUUCCUGUGAAAAUGUUGAUACAUUGUGACAGCUAUUUCACUUUUGGUAUAGGGAAGAAUAGGGUUAGUUUAUGUGCACAUUCAAAACCUUGAAGUUAAACAUAUGCAAAAUCCCAAUUUUAAUUUAAAAAAAAUGCUAAAUUAGUCACUUAUGUAGCUCAGAUGCUAGUCACCUAAAUAAUAAUAUAUAUUUUCCUGAAUGCCAAAAUGGUUGAGAGAAACAGUACUUGAUGUGUUGGCUUACAGUGGUCUAGAGGUUUAGAACAUGUUAGUGUCCUGAACUUCCUUCAGAAUUUCAUUCCUCUUUUAUUCAGAAAACUACACAAUCAGCCUGACACUGUUUGAACUCUUACUAAAGCUACUGGGUUAUCUGUCAUCUUGACACAUGUGAACCUUUUUCUGUUUAAUAAAAGCAAGUUACAUAUUUGAA